AUGCCGAGUCAAGAGGAGACUCCUUAUGAGGUCCACUUCAGCAGAGUCCUAAAAUGGCUGGUUCCUGGCUUUGGGGUUUUUGGGGUGCGGCUGGAGGCUGUGGCAGCCCAGGGUUUGAGCCUGCUGAGCACUGUGGGCCCCACACACGCACUCUGCUGCCCGACGGGUCCUGCCACGUUUCCCAGGCAACUGUUUCAAUCUGCCUGUCUGCCUGGCACCGCACACUCCCACGAAUGCUGCUGCCUGGCUGCCAGCGCGCUGGCCCGCCUGGCACACACCGGCUGGCAGGGGGGAGGCCGGUGUCCCCUGGCCGCUCCGGGGCCCCGCGCCCACGUGUUUCCCGGAACCCGACUCGGUUCCCCGCCCCCGCCGGGUCCCCCGCUGAGUUCUCCCCGCACCCCCAGCGGCCGCGGGGGGCCCCUCCCGGGGGAUAGCGGCGAGUGCGCGCGGCCGUGGGCGGAGCUGCUGCGAGCUGGGAGCGCGGAUCUGAGCCCCGACGGAGAGCUGCCGUCGCUGCCUGCCUUCCCCGGCCCGGAGCCCGGCCGGGGUCCCGAGCGCGCCGCGCCCCCCGAGGUGUUCACCGUGGGAGCCCGGACCUUUUCCUGGACGCCCUUCCCACCGGCCCCGAGGGGAGGCGGGGACCCAGGGCGUUCCUACCGGGUGCUGCUUGGGGCCCGGGGGCGCUCGGGGUCCCCUGCCCGGUCCCCGCAGCGACGCUCCGCGCCUGAGCCCCGCGGGACCCCUGGCGCCCAGGAGCAGCUGUGGGAGGCGACCCUGCGGAGCUGCCCCAUGUGCCAGGCCGAUUUCGCCCCCAGUCUGUCCCUGCUGGACAUCGAUGGCCACCUUGCUCAGUGCCUGGCGGAAAGCACGGAAGACGUGGUGUGGUGAGCCUAGCCAGUGUGGAGGCCCAGCCUCCCCCUGCCGGAACCGUGUCCUCUCCGCCAUGGAAGCCACGUGUUAAAAUGUCAGUGUGGACUCCUGGUGUGGUGUGUUUGUAUCGGGACCGAAACCCGGGCUCCUCUCCCUUUUUGGCUGACGCUAAGCAGAGCGCUCUCCUGCCGUCCGGAAUGGACAGAGCUGCUCAGCAGAGGGACCAGGCCCAGGUGCAUGAGCUGAGACUCGUGAGCAGAACUGGCCGCGUCUGCGGACAGGCGGGGGCUGCACGUUUUCCUGCCUCCGCAGACCCUGCUCACACCGUGUUUUAAUUCCCCAGAUGAAGUGCUCAUUAUGCAGUGCCGGCCACCCCGGGCGGAAGACACCUCACCCACGGGCGGGCGGGGACUUGGGCGGGACUGGACCAGGCGUCAUCACAGUGGGCAGGCCAGUGUGCCAGAACAUUCCGCAUCAGCCAGGUGUUGGGCUUCCGGGGCCAGUGGAAAACGGGGCACAAGAUCAUCUAUAGGUAGCUCUCCUUCCAGUGCUGACGGCCCACAGAUUCUGGAAGAGCUGGGCUUUUGUGGCACCCACCGUGGCCGCAGAGCAGUGGUGGCAGGGAGCGGGUCACGAGCCAUGAAGACACCGUGGAGGAACCUAACUGCAUGUGACCAAGGGAAAGAUGCCAGUCUGCAGACCGCAUGCUGCGUGACCCCCUGUAGGGUCUUCUGGAAAAGGCAAAACUACAGAGACAGUCGAGAGACCUGUGGGCACCGCGGACGGGCACAUGGGACUUCGGGCGAUGAGGCCACUUUGCAUGAUCUGCACUGGUGGGUACAUGUCAUCAUUUUGUCCAAACUGCGCUGCGCCCCCAAGAUGUGCACCCAGCACCCUGGGGACGAUGACAUGUCUGCGCGGUUCGUCCGCGGUCACAAGUGGCCCCUGGGAAG